UUCGUUUCAAAUACAAAAAAUGCAACAUGGUACAGCUGGAAGGAACAUAUCUCUUCUACUGAAUGGCGGUACUGAAUCGUAUCGUCGUCGGCGCGUACUCGCGGUUUGACGCGGCCAUUGACGACGGUUUUAUCGGAGCUGUUACGCGGUUUGUGUGUCUAUCGUGAUGUCAAAGGCAAAAGUUUCGGCGGAAUGGAGGAAACGAGUGAAAUCGGAAUAUAUGCGUUUACGGCAAAUGAAACGCUACAAGCGUGCGGACGAAGUCAAAAUCGCGUGGAACCAGAAUCACAAAACUAUGACGGAACUUCUUAUGGCUGAACAAAAACGUUGGGCCGAUGGAAAGGCCAUGUGGUUAGCUAUGCAAGACAUUCCACCUCAUCUUUCCUGUAUGAAGAAAGCAGAGGUUACUAGUUCAGAUGGUGAUGUGCAAACGUGUCCUGUGAAAAUAAUUAAUGCGGUAACUCCUAUACCAACUAUGUAUACGUGGGCACCCAUUCAGCAGAACUUUAUGGUAGAAGAUGAAACUGUUUUACAUAAUAUUCCUUACAUGGGUGAUGAAAUCUUGGAUCAAGAUGGUACUUUUAUCGAAGAGCUUAUCAAGAAUUAUGAUGGAAAGGUUCAUGGUGAUAGAGAAGCUGGUUUUAUGGAUGAUUCCAUCUUUGUUGAUCUGGUGAAUGCACUGGUAAAUUAUGAAAAAGAAGAUAAAGAAAAGGAACAGACAAAAAAGGGAAAGGAACCUCUGAGAGAAAAAGAUAAUCAAAAAGAAGAUGAAAAAAAGGAUAUUGAAGGAAGAUCUGAAAUAAAAAUAGAGAAGAUUGAAAAUGGAAAGACAUUAACUGUUCCAUUCCCAUCAAUGCAUAUAUUCAAUGCAAUAUCAAGCAUGUUUCCUGACAAAGGCAGACCUGAGGAGUUGAAAGAAAAGUAUAUUGAAUUAACAGAGAGAUCAGAUCCAAAUGUCUUGCCUCCAGAAUGUACGCCUAAUAUAGAUGGUAUAAAUGCAAAAAGUGUGCCCAGGGAACAGACAAUGCAUUCCUUUCAUACUUUGUUCUGCAGAAGGUGCUUUAAAUACGACUGUUUUUUACAUCCAGCCAGGGGGACUUCGCCGCAAGGUCUCCAAGUUUGCCACCCGGGACCUAAUUUAUUGAAACGGAAAGGACCCGACUUGAAACCAUUCUCAGAGCCGUGCGGAACGGAAUGUUAUAUGCAUUUAGAAGGAAUGAAAGAAAAACUGGCGGCACAAGCGGCAGACAUCAAAGACGAAGAAGGUGACGAAAAGCGCGGUGGUCCUCCGAGAAAGGUGCGAAAGCAAGCGAGCGUUGAUUCAGGAAAUGAGGCGAGCAGUGAAGAUAGCAAUGAUAGCAAUAAAUAUAGUCAAGGAGGCAGUUGCCAAGAUUUUAAGCAGAAUGUUAAUAAAGACACAAGAUCGGAAGAAAUGAUUGAAGAUCAAGCGCAGCCUGAGAACCAAACGCCUUUCACUCUGUUGGGUCUUGACAAACGAAUUAAAAUGGACAACAAGUUCACGUGGACAGGUUCCGAGCAGAGCUUGUUCCGUGCUUUACACAAGGCCUUUCCUGGUAAUCCGUGUGCGUUAGCGCAAAUCAUGUUAACAAAAACAUGCAAGGAAGUUUACGAAUUUGCGCAGAAAGAAGCUUCGGACAUUCCUGCUAUAGAAAAUCUCAAGGACUUCACACCGCCGCGAAAAAAGAAAAAGAAGCAUCGGUUGUGGUCUAUGCAUUGCCGGAAAAUACAACUUAAGAAGGACUCGGGUAUGUUAAAUGGUGCUAAUCACGUGCACAAUUUUGCACCUUGCGAUCAUCCCGGCCGUCAAUGUGAUAAUUCAUGCCCGUGUAUACAAGCACAAAACUUCUGCGAGAAGUUUUGUCAGUGCAGCAGUGAAUGCCAGAACAGAUUUCCUGGGUGUAGGUGCAAGGCGCAAUGCAACACAAAGCAAUGUCCUUGUUAUCUGGCCGUCAGGGAAUGUGAUCCGGAUCUUUGCCAAACGUGUGGCGCGGAUCAUUUCCAAAUUAAUUCUAUAUCUUGCAAAAAUGUCAGCGUGCAACGUGGUCUUCACAAACAUCUUCUGAUGGCGCCAUCCGAUGUAGCGGGCUGGGGAAUUUUUUUGAAAGAAUCAGCAGCGAAAAAUGAAUUCAUCUCGGAAUAUUGCGGCGAAAUUAUCAGUCAAGACGAAGCUGACAGGAGGGGAAAAGUAUAUGAUAAAUAUAUGUGUAGUUUCCUCUUUAAUCUUAACAAUGAUUUUGUUGUAGACGCUACACGGAAAGGAAAUAAAAUAAGGUUCGCUAAUCACUCAAUAAAUCCAAAUUGUUAUGCGAAAGUGAUGAUGGUGAACGGUGAUCAUAGAAUAGGUAUUUUUGCAAAGAGAGCGAUUCAGCCGGGUGAAGAAUUAUUUUUUGAUUAUAGAUAUGGACCAACGGAGCAGUUAAAAUUCGUCGGUAUCGAGCGAGAAAUGGAGUUUCUCUAAUAUAUGUAUAUAUAUAUAUAUAUAUAUUAUAUAGACUUUUACGCGUAUAAAUGGUGCAUCAAGCGAAUACAUACAGCUGAAAGGAAUAUUAGAAAGGAAAUAAGCACUGCCUUGAUUUGUAUACCUCUCUAUUUUUAAUUAAAUUUUACAUCUUCAUUUGUCUGCCCAAUUCUGCAAAAUUGUAGUAAUAGAGAUUGUUUGCACAUAUAGGUAAAGGAACUUUUUGAAAUAUGUUCAAGUUUCUUAUGGACAUCUCGAAACAUAAAAAUAUCAAAGUAAAAAUAUACCUAUACAUGUUGUUGAAUAAAUAAAAUGACUUCAAAUAAAAAUCGAUUUGAAUAUAUCUCAAAAAGUUCCAAUUAUAUUUCGCCUUGAUACCAUUUGAUAUUUACUUUAUUGUACAUUUGAUUGUUGUACAAUGAAUUUCUUACAGUUAUGUGAAACAUUAUGUGAACUUAUAAUGAUCGAUAAGAUAUUAUUUAAUUUUAGUGUUAUGAUGCUUAACCAUUGAGUUUAUUGAGAUUCGAGACAUAUUCGUACAUAUUCAACUCCUGUCCCUCUAAUCGUGACCCGAUAUAUUAACAAAAGAAAAAGAUCAUUCAGCAAUAUUCCAGUAAUACUGCAAAACAAACAAAUUCCAAUAAGUCUUGGGAUUUGAAGACUUAUAUAUGUAGUAUAACAAGUACCUGAUGAGUGAUCUCUCGAUAGAUAAAUAUUGCAGUUCAUAUAUUAACACACUGUUUUGUGGUGAAAAUGUCUAUCAAUCUCACUGAAAAUUGUCAUCUUUUAGCUGUAUGUAUGUGUGUCAUUUAUUAAAAUGUAUUUUACGAGGAAGGCUUUCUUCGUAAUUCCACAUAUCCUUGUAACCUACUCCAAUCCGCAAUUCAUAAUCCUUGGAGCAAAUAUCUAUGCAACGGCUUGCGCUAGCAGAUAUAAUAAAGUACCCUCCUCGUUUAUUAUAACGAGUGUAUAUGAUUUGCGCAGUUCGUUAUCGUGGCUCGUGCAAGCAUAAUGAAGAAAUUAAUUACCUAAUUACGCCGGUCGGCGAUCUCGAAAGUGCACUUUAGAAGCUUACGGCUAAUGUGGCUAAUGGUGAAAAUUACAUGCACUUAAUUUAGAACGCGUAUGUGAACAAAACCAAAAAUGAUAUCGUAAGAGAAUUUGCAGAUCCAAUGAAGCUACCGUGAAAAGAACAAAUAAAUAUUUUGUUGUACAUAUAAAAAGAUGAAAUGAUGAAAAGAUGAUUAAUUAAAGGUGAAUAUUUCUGAAAGGAUUCUG